AUGACACGCUCAGCGACACGGUACCUCGUCCUCACCUUUGCAUCUUUCGAUGCUCUGCACCCUUCGGUGACGUCGCCGCAAAGCUACGUGCCCCACAUUCGACGAGCGGCGACGCGAUCAUGUACUAGCUCGAGCUCUUCGGAGGAGACGUUGUUGGUGAUCGUCAUUAGAACAAAGACGAAGGACACUCGAUUCCCUUGGUCAACUACCACCACAGGUAACACAUCUCAGGGGUCGACCUCGUGCUCGUCGUCAUCUGCAUCCGCAUCUGCAUCCUCGCCCCAUCCCUCGUCCUAUGGCUGGUCAAUCCUCCAACCUUUGCUCUCCGUCUGCUAUUCGACCGCGACGCGCGUCUUUAUCGACCAUGAUCAAUGCACGAGACGCGUGCAUGUCGUCGUGGAGGAGAUGAGGGGCAUUCCCGUCUGCUUGCCGAACCCACCCCAAGACGACGAAUCCGAGUCGAAUUUGGUUAUCAAGUGUGAUAUCGAACCCACACCCAUGGAGCAAACUCUACGUGAUGACCUCGGCUCGGACCACGCUGAAAAGGAGGACUAUUACCCCGUCGUCGCGUUGGGAGGCACGUUCGAUCAUCUCCAUGCGGGGCACAAGAUCUUGUUGACCUUGGCCGCGAGUUUGGCUUUGCGCAAACUGAUCGUGGGCGUAACCGGUGGGGUUUCCUUCUUCCACAUCGUGCUGCUCGGAAAGGAAGUAGUGCUCAUUCAGAAUCGUGCCACUCGCGCAGACACGCAACUCCUCACGACCAAGAAAUACCAUCAGUUUCUCGAACCGAUUGAGCAAAGGAUCCAAACGACCCGAGAUUUUUUGGAAUGGGUCCGCCCCGGGAUCGAGCAUCACAUCGUACCGAUCCAAGUGAGUCACAUUUUGGAUUUGGAUGCGGAAAGGCAACAUGACUGCUGACGCAAGGUUCGAACGCCGGUCGUCGGAAUAGGAUCCCUACGGUCCCACCGCGACCGAAGCCGACAUUCAAGCCAUCGUCGUCUCGGAAGAAACCAGAGCAGGCGGGCAAGCAGGUUAGUCCAAAACAACGCUCUCGAGCCCCAACUCGCACACUAAUACCACCUUAACUCAACACAGUCAACAAGAAACGCCUUGAAGCCUCCUUCAACGAGUUGGACAUCUGGGUCAUCGAGUUGAUGGCGGAUGAGCCGGAGGCUUCGGAGAACGCGAGCAAGGGCCCAAAAGUUGAGGUGGAAAGCAAGAUGGGUAGUACGGCAAUCAGGAAAUGGUUGAGUGAGAAGGCUGGGCAGACGAAGACUUAG